CCUCUCUCAUGCGGCGCUGCUCUCUUCUCCAGCUCGCCUUGCUGCAAUCUCCUAAAUCCAAGAUGGCUGCGGGAGGGAGCGGCGGCGGCGCUCCGUGUCUCAACGUGUCCAUCCCAGGACCGCUCGGCAACGUCCUCCCGAGCAACAGCGCCCACGCCUCGGCUACCAGCAACGGGGGAGCCGCCCCGGCGGCGGCGGCGGCGGCGGCAGGGGGAUCCGGGCGCGCCAGUAACUUUAACCCCCAGCUGGGCCCGGUCGGAGGCAGCGGCGGCGCAGUUGCGGCUAACCCGGUGACAGUGCCCUCCAGUCCCCCCCAGCAGCCGGCGGGGGCCGGGGUAGAGGCGGCCUCGGUGCUCGUUUACCGGGAGCCCGUGUAUAACUGGCAGGCUACCAAAAGCACGGUGAAGGAGAGGUUCGCCUUCCUUUUCAACACCGAGGUGCUCAGCGACGUGCAUUUUCUGGUGGGCAAGGGGAUGGGAAUGCAGAGGAUACCCGCGCACAGGUUUGUGCUAGCGGUGGGCAGCGCUGUGUUCGAUGCAAUGUUCAACGGGGGAAUGGCGACAACGUCCACUGAGAUCGAGCUGCCAGACGUGGAGCCAGCGGCCUUCCUCGCCCUGCUCAAGUUCCUGUACUCGGACGAGGUGCAGAUCGGGCCGGAGACGGUGAUGACCACGCUGUACACGGCUAAGAAGUACGCAGUGCCGGCGCUGGAGGCCCACUGCGUGGAGUUCCUGAAGAAGAACCUGAGAGCGGACAACGCCUUCAUGCUGCUCACACAGGCCCGGUUGUUCGACGAGCCCCAGCUGGCCAGCCUCUGCCUGGAGAACAUCGACAAGAACACGUCUGACGCCAUCAACGCAGAGGGCUUCACAGACAUCGACCUGGACACGCUGAUGGCGGUGCUGGAGCGGGACACGCUGGGUAUUCGGGAGGUCCGUCUCUUCACGGCGGUGAGUCGCUGGUCGGACGCAGAGUCCCAGAGGCAGCAGCUGCAGCCGAGCCCCGAGAACAAGCGUCGUGUCCUGGGCAAGGCGCUGCCCCUCAUCCGCUUCCCGCUCAUGACCAUCGAGGAGUUCGCCGCAGGUGCGGAGCGCCCGGCUCAGUCGGGUAUUCUCACGGACAGGGAGGUGGUCAGUCUCUUCCUGCACUUCACGGUGAAUCCGAAGCCACGCGUGGAGUUCAUCGACCGGCCGCGGUGCUGCCUGCGGGGGAAGGAGUGCAACAUCAACCGCUUCCAGCAGGUGGAGAGUCGCUGGGGGUACAGCGGGACGAGCGACCGCAUCCGGUUCUCGGUGAAUCGCAGGAUAUUCGUGGUCGGGUUCGGCCUGUAUGGCUCGAUCCACGGGCCCACUGACUACCAGGUCAAUAUCCAGAUCAUCCACACGGACAGUAACACGGCUCUGGGUCAGAACGACACGGGCUUCAGCUGCGACGGCACGGCCAGCACCUUCCGCGUGAUGUUCAAGGAGCCGGUCGAGAUCCUGCCCAACGUCAACUACACUGCCUGCGCCACGCUCAAGGGCCCGGACUCUCACUACGGUACGAAGGGACUGCGGAAGGUGAUCCACGAGGCCUCCACCACCGGAACCAAGACCUGCUUCACAUUCUGCUACGCGGCCGGGAACAACAACGGAACCUCGGUAGAGGAUGGGCAGAUCCCCGAGCUCAUCUUCUACACAUAGACACGGAGAGACUGGGAGGAGGAGAGGGGCUGGGAGGAGAGAGACUGAGAGGGGCUGGGAGGAGUGAGACAGAGGGGCUGGGAGGAGAGAGGAGAGAGACUGAGAGGGGCUGGGAGGAGAGAGACUGAGAGGGGCUGAGAUACCAGAGCUCAUCUUCUACACAUAGACACGGAGAGACUGAGAGGAGUACAGAAAUGGUCCGGUGCAGUCUUGCUGUUCCUCAUCACUAACAUUAUAUAACAAAACAAAAAGCCCACGGCUCCCUAAGCAGCGUUCUCUCCGGAGCUCGGCUUGUACAUUCCCACGUUCACACAAAGCUUCCCAUUGCUGCUCUGGUGCAUCUCUGUCAGUUUCAAAAGAAAACUGAGUUAUAAAACGGAGGAAACCUGGACGCUGUGCUGUGUUUGUCUCGGGAAUGGGGGGGUGAAGAAUCAUUCGCACUUCAUUCAAGUGAUUAAAACAACAGGAAGCUUCCUCCACUGAACUGUGUUUGGCUUGUGCACGGCUUUGCCUGCUUGCUGUCCUAGUCAUGGUGAAAAUGCACUUUCAUCACGUGACUCGGAGGAGACACAGCGAUUGCUUUGGUGCUGUUUGUUUUGAGAUAUUCACUUAUCACUGUGUGCUCCGUGCGUCAUUAAGAAAGUGUACGGUAGCUCAUUAAUGAGCCUCUGUAAAUGUGAAACAAACACAGCAGUUAGCUUUCAGUGAAAUACCAGCAGAGUGAACCUGGAACAGCUCAAACGGUUCUGUCCUGGGAGGGGAGUCCAGGUCUGUGUUGGUAACAUCUCCUCAAUGAUUGAGUGGAACUGGUACAGGUGCACCCCUGUAGGGGCGAGGUGGUGGAACCCCAGAGAUUAGGGAGUUAAUAUGAAGAAGCAAAGAAAUGAAUCUGCAACUUCACUGUGGACCAUAUUCCACUUUGGUGGAAUAAAAAAAUGACUGGUAAUGUAAACCAAACUGUAAGAUAAAAACUAUUGAAAUCACACAGCCACCAAAAGUACUAAAGACUAUCUUGAACGAAUGUAAAAAUAAAUAACUAAUAAUUAAUAUGAUCAAUGUGUUCAAGUGAACGUAGCGUCUGUAUUUUGCAUCUGCUUUGUGAGUUUAAGAUCUGUACAUAUACAUUAAAAAUAUAAACUAUA